AAAGGAUCUGUUAUCUCACAACGACCUCUGCCCAUCGUUUCCAGUGGAGAAUGGACCUUGUGUGUGUCUGUAUAGUGUGUGUGUGUAAGUGCUUGGUGCACUGGUACCAGGGGACAUAGAGUGAGUGUGUGAGCACAACAAUGGCCCUGAUUUAGGCCCGGCUGGUCAGUGGGUGAGCAUAAGGCCAGGCUGAACCGUCCGAGGAACGCACCAGUGGAGGACUGACAUUAUGGGCAGAAUACAGUGAGGGGUCUGUGACAGAGGGUGGACAGCGAGGGGAAGGGUGGUGGCAUGCACCAGGGCCUGAGAGUGGGGAGGGGUGGCUUCAGAUAGGGCUGGUGAGUGUUUAUGACAGAGGUCUUUUUCUGUGACUGACAGAGCAGUGUUUGUGUCUUGUUUGGCUGAGGAAUGCUGCUGUCCUGGGUGACAGGGGAUCAUUAUGUAGGCCUGAUGUCACUACUGGGUGUCUUGAAGCUGCGCGCAGAGCUGGCGUGUCAAACCACAGCACACCACCGACAUGCGUGGCGGUCACAUCAGGUGUGAUGCAUGACCAGUACAACCUCAAGUGCUCGGGCUAGAACAUCGCUCACCGGCCGAUCUGCUCCACCGAAUCCCGAAGCAGCGAUGAAGCUCCCAGCUCGCCGCCUUCGGUGUAGAUUUAAAUAUGGUCCGUAUUGGAGCCAAGGAUUUCGGUGUUUGCCUGACAGCUGGAGAGCUGGAGACGAGGACACUAUGUGUGUUUGUGUGUCCCAGCUGGAAGAUGAGCUUGGUGUAGUCGGGGAGUUGCAGCACUGCGAGCUUGUUCAGCUGUGUGAGGGCUUGGGGUUAAAUCCUGCCGUGCCUCUCCCAUACACACACACAAUGAGGCUAAGACGCCCGGGGUUGGGGCCGGGGCCAUGGGCUCUUGGUUCUCACACUCUGGAGCAGUUCUAUACCCCCGCCCGGGACUGGGACUCUCGGUCCUUGUCACAGCGCUCAGAGUGGCUGGCCGCUCCGCUGCUCCACCAUCAUCAUCAUCAUCAGUAUCAUCGUCGUUGGCUCCAUUCUUGAAAGAUGAGGAUUCAUGGAGUCCAGCUGCUAAAAUCAUCAGACCUUGGCCGCCAUAGUCUUCUCUACCUAAAGGAAAUUGGACAUGGUUGGUUUGGAAAAGUCUUGCUGGGCGAGGUCAACGCAGGUCUCAGUAUUACCCAGGUUGUGGUGAAGGAGCUGAAGGCCAGUGCCAGUGUCCAGGACCAGAUGCAGUUCUUGGAGGAGGUCCAGCCGUACCGGACACUCCAGCACCCUGCCCUCCUGCAGUGUCUGGCACAGUGCUCGGAGGUUACUCCUUAUCUUCUGGUCAUGGAGUUUUGCCCUUUGGGUGAUCUGAAGACUUACCUCCGCAGUUGCAGGAUAGCUGAUUCUGAGAGUCCAGACCCGUUGAUCCUCCAGCGAAUGGCUUGUGACGUUGCCUCGGGGCUUCUGCACCUCCACAAACACAACUUUACACACAGUGACCUGGCUUUGCGAAACUGCCUGCUAACCUCAGAAAUGUCCGUUAAGAUCGGAGACUAUGGCCUUUCUCACAGCCGAUACAAGGAAGACUACUAUGUCACACAAGACCAGAUUUGGGUGGCCCUACGCUGGAUUGCACCGGAGCUCAUCGACGAAGUCCACGGAAACCUGCUGGUUGUUGACCAAACCAAGAGCAGCAACAUAUGGUCACUGGGGGUGACUAUGUGGGAGCUUUUUGAGUUGGGAAACCAACCGUACAGACACUACUCUGAUAGACAGGUGCUGACAUAUGUUGUAAAGGAACAGCAGCUCAAACUACCCAAACCUCACCUCCAAUUCCAACUGGCUGAGCGCUGGUAUGAGGUGAUGCAAUUCUGCUGGCUGCAGCCAGAGCUUAGACCCAGCAGUGAAGAAGUUCACCUUCUGGUCACAUACCUGUGUGCCAAAGGCUCCAGUGAAGCUGAAGAGGACUUUGAACAACGCUGGGAUGCCUUGAGACCCAACCUGCAGGGUAGUACCUCCCACACAGCUACAUCCACAGCCCUAGUCCUGACCCCUACAACUGCACCAGCAGACAACUCUGGUACAGACCCAAGUCAGGCAGUGGAGCUGGCCUCCUCUGCGUCAUCCUCCUUCCCCCUCCUGGAACACUUUUCUGACAGCUUCCACUCAGACACAGGGGACGACCUAUUGACUGUCACAGAGACCAGCCACGGUCUCAACUUUGAGUACAAGUGGGAGCAGGCUCGAGCUGAGCAGCCGUACUGCUCGUCCUCCACCAGUGGGCCACUGGGGCAGGGGAACCCACAUUACCAGGAUAUUUACUACUCAAGCAAAGGAAGCACCUCAGGGGGCUGCAAGACUGACAGCCUGACCUCAGGUAUCUCUCUGUCCUAUUAUGAACCUGAACACCCGGGUGUAGUCCCAGUGCUGAGUGCCCACAGCCCCUCGGUCAGCAGCGAGUACUAUAUCCGCAUAGAGGAACCGGUAGAAUGUAACAUUAACUUGGAUGACAGUGUUGUGGACUACAGCCCGGGACUGGAGGCGAGCAACAGCAGGUUGUCCUCCGAGAGUCGGACUGCUUCGUCCAUGGCACAGCCCCGUGCUUACUGGUCGACUGCCGACAACACCAAAUAUGCUGCCUACGACUCCGAUUCAAGUCCAACUGUUCAACUAACCAUAGAUCCGCUGUUGAGACAGGCUUCCAGAACCAGCCCCAUGAACUGCUUCUCACCAAAUCAGGACGGCACAAUAUACUGUGAACAAACCUCAGCAUACAAGACAUGCCACCAGUCCUGUCUGUCUGAACACGACUCGUCACCAGAGUCCCGGUCAAACCUCGUCUAUUCGGUAGGGUGUUUGGAAAACACGUGCAGUUUGUCACAAGCAGUGAGCAGCCCCAGUUUAGGCUUCUGUGAUCCCUACCUGGAAGCAAGCACGGGGCGUAGCACAGUCAGUGACAGUUGUCAUAAUAUGAUGGGGCCCCUCAGAAAGACACUACCUAUUGUUAACCACAUUAGUAUUGACGUAGGAACGGACGAUGGCCUGCUGGUGGGCCACCUGAGAGGUGAAGACAUUGAGGACGACCUUUUCUCUGAGGGAGAUGCCACUAACUGGACGUCAAACCGCUCGGCAAACAAUAAUAGUCUGACGUUUGAGAGCAGACAGACAGCGGGCAGUGGGCCGGACACCUAUCUUGACCUUCACUAUAGAAUUGAUCAUUCUAACACAACAGAAUUAAGGUCUUUAACCAAAGCCACCACCGAAACCUUCAACGGCUCCAUUUCGCCUGGCAACGUGGAGGGAGAAAGAGGAGACAGUGGUUAUGAUGCUGGUAGUGAGCUCAUGGAAUUAAGCUCAUACAUUCACUUAUCUCACAAAGAAAGAGAGGAAGCUGCUACUCAAGUGGAGAUGAACUCAACUGCAGAAAAUCUAAUAAAAUUUGAGUCUCAUACCAGCUCAAGUAUUAAUUCCAGGAGCACAGACGGUGGAAAAGUGGAGGGAAAAUAUGGAAAGCAAUCAUUGCUUCAUGGAGAGAGACUGUACUCUGAGCCUAAGAUGAUACCAGAGACAAGCUUUAUAAAAUCCCCAUCUUCUUUCAAGGAUCCUCAGAUAGGUCAAACAGGAGCCUUGUCAGGCAAGCACAGAGGGAACAUCUGGGACGGGGUUUCAUCGGGAAUAUCUGUUUGUCUCGGAGACAAAAGGUUAAGCUGUCCAGAGAGGUCAGAGAGUAGCAGAGCACUGGAGAGGAACGUGGGGGCAAGAGAAUCCGGCAUGAGUCUGAUUGAGAUCGGUGACUACAGUGAGGAUGAUGAUGAUGACAUGACCGAUAUUACAUCAGGUAUCUUUGCUGACUUCAAUUUAGAUUACGCUGAAGUAGAGGAGGAAGAGUUGAGUCCACUGAAGAAUCCAGGGGGAACAUCUGACUCUAUAGAUACCUUUAACCUGUCCUCAUCGAUGGCCAGCGCUUGUGAUCAGGCCUUCAGCCCUGAUCCCUUUAAUACCCCCAUCUUGCCCAAAUCCUUGGACAGUGGCUAUGACACGGAGAACAAUGAAUCUCCAGAAUUUAUCUUCAAGGAGCUUGGGGAUACUCGGGGUGGAGAGGGGAGCCCUAGGCUGGGUGGAGAACCUGAAAUUAUUCUGCAGGUGGGUUUAGGCCAGGGUGUCUGCACUUCCACCAACACCUCAGAGCUACAUUUAAAAAGUCUGAUUGAUAAGAACCCCUACAGGGACUCGGCCUAUUUCUCUGACUAUGAUGUUGAAAAUGAGAAGAGCCCUCAAGAGGAAGGCAGUACGUUCUUUGUAGGUUCACCGCACCAUGUCUUCACUGCUGAGAAACUGGACUCCUUUCGAGGUGAUAAUUCAAUGAGCAGACCAUUAAAUAAUGGGGAACAUUUAACAAAUCUGAAAAACAAAAAUGGUUCCGUUGUGGUCAAUCUCUCAGAAGGUGACCACAGUUCAACCACUUCCCUCCCCACUCCUGGUUUGUCCAUGCUAUCACCAUUUCCCCCGCAGAUGGGUGGCUGUCUGACCAAAGAGUCGGCCCCUGCAGAGGAUGACCUGGGACUGGAGACGGAGCACUCAGGAGAGGAACCUCCUUCAGAACUCAGUUCCUCCAUCACGUCUGAACCAUCUUCUGCUGUCCAGGAAGCCUCAGCUAACCGCGAGGAAGGCAGCAGGAGAGCAGAAGAUUGCUCCUCUUUCCAGUCUUUGAACUCUGACUCCACCUUGACGGACUGCAUAGACGAGGUUCACGAAGAAAAUGACAACGGUGUUUUAUCCACAGAGGAGGAGGAGCUGCCUGAAUUCAAUCAUAUGGAGGAGGACAGAAGGGACAGUGUGGGAAUAAGGGAAGAUGACUUUGAGGAUAUCGACGCAGAGGAAUGCGACUCGCAGGACAGUUUAUGUGAAGAAUCUAACGGCCCCGUUGACCUUUCGUCUUCCUCAUCAUUGCUGGAGCUGUGUGGAGAAGAUGUGAGAGCUCCACUGGAGGAGGCGGAGGAUGAGGAUGACUCCGACGACAGCGAGUCUGAUGAAGAGCUGAGGACCUACAACAUCCAAGAUGAAGACAGCGAGGAGAGUGAGGAGGAUUUUACCACAGUGCCAGUGGUGGUAAGUGACUGCAGCAGGGCCAGACACCUCCGCAGUCUUCUCAAGAUGCCCACCCUGCUCACCCAGUCCUUCUGCGAUGAGUUGGAGAGGAAGAAAAAAGUGGUGUCCUUCUUUGACGAUGUUACGGUGUUCCUUUUUGACCAGGAGAGUCCCACAGGAGAGCUGGCUGACUUCACCUUCGCCACAGGAACAGAGUCCAGUGAGCAGGAAUCUUCAGAGGCAAACACCUCCGACCACCGGCCGCAACCUGACGCUGACCUUGAAGGUGAAGUCUGUGAAUCGUUACGCGUUUCUGAACAAACAGAUGGAAUCAAGUCAGAAGAGGACGGAAGUUAUGAAUGGAAAGAAGAACUUUCGUUUGAGCCCCGUCCAUCUUCACCUGACGUCAUCCCCGAGCCCCAGUCCUCACCCACAUCCACCUCCAACAGUCCCGAGGAUCCCAAACCUGCUGCUGUAGCACUUAACCGGUUCAUGGUCUCACGAUUCUCUAUCACACAUGUCUCGGACUCCCACAUAAGCUCUGCAACAGGGGAAGAUGAAUAAAGUCCAAAACACUGAGAACUCCGUGGCGCUGACUGGAUGAGAGAGAGAGUCCGGAUCCUUCUCAAACACAGAAAAGCAGCAUUAUUAUAUUCAGAUGUUUGACAGAGUUUUAUUUUUAUUGAUGUUCGGGGCAUCUGACUGCAGUGACCCUUUCUGAAACAGUGCCUCGUACUGUCGUGAACCCCUCUUGAUGAUUUGCACACUUACUCCUUUCUUUUAAUUCUGUGACGAUGACGGAGAGAUUGCUGCUGGUAUGGCAACCACGAGAACAGACGGAAUAUCCGAUCAUAUCGUUUGCUGUAAAACAUCAUGAAGAAAAUGUGACGGCGUUUGUCGGUCACCUUACAGGCCAUUUAAUUUGUGAGAAAAAAAAAUUAAGUAAUAAAGAAAGAAAGAAAUCACAACAUGACGGGCUUCAUAGCUGCUCCUCUCAUUGGCUGCCUUGGUCUAUGUGCUUAACGUAAAUCUGGCAUUUUUAAAGACUGUUACAACUUCCACGUGUUUGAAGCCAGGAAACAGUGCUUCAUGACGGAUGCACAAAGAUGCUUUUGUGUUUUAAAGUCAAAUCCAACUCUUUAUAAAAAGGUGUGUGGGUGGCGGUGCUGCAGCCUAAUUUGUCCCCCCAUGCCGAGGUGUAUCGAAUAGUGAAUACGGCGAACUGUGUUACAUGAAAUCAAGCUGUUGUCACUCCUUGGUCAUAACCACCGCUCACUUCUGAAACACAGUCGUGUCGUUUGAAUCGGUCUGAAGCACUUUGUUGAAAACCAUUUAGCCAUUAUUUGUAGGAGCCACUUAGCAUCUCCCCGCCCUGGAAUGAAAAAUCUAAACCAUGUGAGUUCCCCCAACCCCCCGCCCGUUCGUGUCCACAGUGCCGACGACAGGCUACACUUAAAUUCCACGUCACACCUCAGCUUCGUUUCGGUUGCAUUUCAUCAGCAAUAGUGUGACACCAGAGUUGUGUCAUGUGAACGUUGACGGUCAUAAGUGUUGAAUGUCAAGUUUUUGUCAUCCUCCACAAUCUCCUACAUGAUGUAUUCUAUUGCAGUCGUGUGCCGGGGUUUGAGGUGCACAAAACAAACAAAAAAAAAACAACAAAAAAAAAAGGAGGACAAAUCUCAUAUUAUUGUAUGAAUGUUAUAUCAACAUGUAGCAGGUAGCUUGAAUUGAAUUACUACUGCUGUAUUGAAAGCUCCUUCCCCAUCUCUAUUCCUCUCAAGCUGAACGUGCCAAUCCUGUCUCCUCUCACUUUGCCUUUUAAAUUCUGCAAGAAGAGACAACAAAAAAUAAAAUAAAUGAAAAACCCACUGGUAUUUUUGUACAAGCAUUUGAAAAGAUGCAAUCCAGGGUGACACUCGCUCAAAUUUGCCAAAGAGAUAUUACAAAGCCCAUUGGCGAUAAAGUGGCAGAUGCAUUUUAGAGAAGGUGAGGUGGGCUGUUCUAUGCACCAGUAGUAACAUCAUUGCUGUUUCCACCCCACUUAUGGCUAUUGUACUAUCCCAAAUGAAUAAAUUCAAAUACUUUUUC